AUGCUCUCUCUCUUAUCUAUUAGUAAGAAGCCGUUAUUGUUCUUCGUUGUUUUUAAAAAGACAUCUACUCAAUGUCAGACAAAACCAGGAGUUAUGACGAAAGAUCAAAUUGUUAUCUAUCAUGACAAAAAAGAAUCAAAAGACAAAACUGAACACCAGAGGUUACCAGGUACAGAGGCAGAGGAGCCAACAGCUCAGAAAAAUCUCACGGAAACAGAAAAUCAAAGUGAAGUUAGACAAGAAAAAAAAAUUGUUACAGACCAAAGUAAAGACUCGAUAAAGGGUACCGACGACCCAUCAGACCCCGGUCGCUCAUCAGAGAAGAGUCAAGCCAACAUUUUCGGACCCAAUCAACAAACUGAAGAAAUUGUAGAAGAAAGCGUCCACCAAAAGACGAAACUAGAGAAUGAAAAAGAAACAACAGAAAAUUAUUCUUGGGAAAAGACCUUCCGAAGACGACCAGGAACCCGCGACAUGGGAAAACCAUACGAAGACACGAUAAUCUCUAACAUCAUUCUAAACCUUCUAAACGACCACGAAAUCCAAGACUUCCAAAUUUCCUCAAACACCGACAACUUCGGAGACUUCGACGACGUAGUGAUCGAAACUAGAACCUCCCGGGGCUUCAAAACCCGAGCCGUGCAGCUAAAACACAGCGACCGGCGCCGCCUAACCCUAAAACAACUGGCACGCAAAACCGGGGACUUCAGCCUAAUCAAGUACUUCAACACCACCCGGAAAAUCCAGCACAAAGCACACCGGUUUGUUUUGUUCACCACCCACGAGUUCCAACCAGAAAAACCUAAAUUCAAACUCGAAGGGGAAAAUUUUUUUCUGGAGUUUGUGAAAGUGGUGGUUGCUGACGAGAGUUUAAGAAUGUCGGACAAAGAAAAUUGCUGCUACAUUUUUCGGAUUGUGGAAGACGAGGAGAAUGUUGGAAAAAUCCAGGAAUAUGGGGCGUUUUUCGAGCAGUUUUGUCUUUAUACUGACCAGGAGCGUUUGGAGACGCUUAGAGUGUCCACGGUGAAUAAGUUCAUGAGGAUGUUUGGUGCCAAGGAGGAAGCGUUUGAGAAGUACUUCAAGAUCGUCUCGGAGUGGAGUCUGGAAGAUGGGAUUAAAGAUAAGUUGGAUAAAAAUAGGAUGCAACGAACUAUUGCUUUAGGGAUUUUGUCGCCCCAAAUCGAGUGUUUGGUUUUUGGUCAGGUCACCGACAAAAUGAGAGUCCUUCGGGAUGCUAUUUUUCCCUUUGAUUUGACUUUGGUGCAAAAAAGUAGCGGUGAGGUUGUUAGACGGUUGUGGGGAGACGCGGCUGACACUAUAGAUUUAAACGAAUUAAAUAAGCUAAGGUCCACCUACGGUCUAUCUUCCAACUACAUCAACAAGCUAGAAGACAUAGAUGGAAAAAUAUUGGCACAAUUGUUAUGGUUGAUGAAUAAAACUCCCCUAAUUGUCAACGAACAUGUCAAUAUGUCAAGAGCCAUUCGUCUAUGUUCUGAUGCUAAAUUCAUUCUGCUUGGUGAUGGAAAAAGAAAGAUAUGGAUGAAAUAUUAUACAGUGUUCCAGAGCCUGCUCAGUUUGAAGUUAAAGUCAGAUUUGUAUAACAAAGUGACGCAAAAUUUUACCAUUUCGUUGCAAGGCAAAGCAACACUAACUCUGGUGGAAGCUUUUGGAAGCAACGAAGAUUUUUUGAGACAUCUAACCUUGAAUAACCUUCUAGAAAUGCUAAAUGGGCCACGCUUGAUUGGCGGUGACAAGGAAACUCUUCCCAUUCCGUACAUAGAACGAAGUGUGUCCCUAAACAUCAUCGACAUCAAGUAUUUAAAUCACGUUAGCAACAACACUGUCAUUAUUCUCAAUUGUGAAGACCAUCCCGAGGAAGUGAAGCGACCCAGUAAACAUAGCUUGACAGAAAUCGACGAUUUUUUGGACAGCCCGAACCAUCGAACCUUGUUGGUGCCCAUUUUCGUCGUCAGCAAAAAUAGAUGUAGCCAGUCUGAGUUUGACAAAGUUUGCUCCGAAACACUGCAACCAAAAACAGUCCACUAUUUUAAAUUUCUUAGUAACAAGAAUCUAGAAUGGGUGCGAAGCAGAGGCGAUAUUAGUGAGUUGCACAAUUAUAAAUUGGGUGGUCAUUCUAGAAACGAAACCGAAUUUUGGUCGUUCGACUUCAUCAAGACCAUUAAUUUAGUGAUAGGCGAUCCGGGGAUGGGGAAAACUGAAUUAACUAAAAGCUUGAAAAACAAGUGUCCUUGUGACUACUGGACGGUAAUCGUCACCCCCCAAGAAGUCAAUUUAUUCUACAAACAAUCAAAAGACCGUAAUUAUCUAAAUUCUUUCCAAACGUUUAUUUUAGACGAAAAAUAUCACCAUCUAGACCGGCUAGACAAAGCGUAUUUCAGAAUGUGUGUCAAGCAAAAUCGUGUUUUCUACGUUUGGGACGCGCUUGAUGAAAUUUUGACCAAGUAUUUAGACUCCGUUUCGACUUUGAUUGUCCAGUUGUCGGACCAAGGUUUCACCCAGUGGGUCACCUGUAGACGACAUCUGAAAUCUUUUUUAGAAAAAAAGUUCCGCGUGCUCUCGGUGAGUAUAAACCAGUUCAACGAACGCGAACAGGAAGAUUAUCUUCGGACGCGUCUUGACAACAUGUCAGACGAUGUAGAAGCAGCUAUUGACAAAGUCAAGUCGAAUUUUGCUUUCAUCAAACAUGUAGAUAUUUUGGGAAUCCCGCUCCAGAUUUUCAUGCUCACGGAAAUAAUUCGCCAAAAUACGGAAAAAUAUCUAAAGUUGCUCGAUAAUUCGUUCCUUUUGACUGAUCUAUAUCACUACUUUAUUGACACUAAGUUUGAGCUUUUUUAUCAGAAUAAGUUAUCAAUUGAUGUUCAGGAACCCAAUCUGAAGCGCCUCGUCGACAGAGACAAGAAAACAUUGUUAGCGUAUUGUGAAAAGUUGGCACUUGGUGCGAUAUUUCCGGAAGGUGCAGAUGUCAACAAUCUAGACGAUGUAGAUAACGUUCUUCAUGAUUGUGCCUCCAUUGGUAUUAUAACGGGUUUAGUAAACAACACCCCCCAGUUUUUACACGCUUCUUUCGCCGAAUAUUUGGUUGCAGUUUACUUUUCCAAAAAUUUUGAGAUCAUACCAAGGGAUACUUUUUUUGAUCAGAAGUACAACAACGUCCGAUUUUUCUUUGAUAUGUUGCUAGCACGAAACUCUCCGGCUCAUAUUGCGGUCUUGUAUAGAAACUGUGACGUUUUGAAACACUAUGACGACGAAAUGUUGAGACGGAAGGAUGGGGGUGGGAGAAGCGCCUUGCAUUUGGUUUGUUCGUGGGGUCAAAGACGGUCUCGUCUGGCGGUGACGAAGUCCAAGGUACCCAGAAAUUGCUCUUAUUUUAUUUUUCUUUUGGUCAAAAAAAUAGUUUUUUCGGAAAACGUGACUAGUGAGAAGUUUGUUAUUCAGGACUAUGAUACUUUAAGUGGGGAGAUAGAGACAAGGGGGUAUUUAGAUGGGGUACUACAUUUGAUGAAUAAGUGCGACGUUUUCGAACCGGAUGGGCUACUUGGAAUGACACCUUUGUGGUAUUCUAGGAUUAGCGAAAGUUUAGGUGUGGAAUUAGAAUUACUGAAGUUUCAAAAAUUGAGGUUAGAUCAACCUUACUCCGAAUUCGAUAGAAUUAAUAUUUUGUAUUAUUCUGCUCUCUUUGGGUACGACGACGUGGUUAAAGUAUUUAGCGACGAACAAUUACCUACUUACGGCGAAGUCAAUUUUGUUACGACAGAUGACAAUAUUACACCUCUUAUAAUAGCGUGCUCUAACGGCUACAAAAAAAUCGUCGACUAUUUAUUGAUUUGUGGGGCCGAAAUCAACCACGGUGAUGAUGACGGUCGGACACCACUUCACGCUUCUUCCGAAAACGGCCACCAAAAAACAGUCCACAGUUUAGUAAAAUCCGGGGCCAAAAUCAAUUGUUGCGACAACCAUGGUCGGACUCCUCUUCAUGCAGCUUCUACCCAAGGUCACGAAAAAAUCGUCGCCUACUUAGUAAAAUCCGGCGCCGAAGUCAAUCGUCCUGAUAAUGACGGUCGGACACCACUUCACGCUUCGUCCGAAAACGGCCACUUAAAAACCACCCUAUAUUUACUAAAUUCCAACGCCAAAAUCAACUUCCCCGACAAUGACGGUUCCACUCCUCUCCACUCAGCUUCUGAAAACGGCCACCUGAAAAUCGUUGAACUUCUUUUGAAAUUCGGAGCUGAAAUCGACCGUGCUGAUAACGACGGUUGGACGCCGCUCUACGCGGCUGCCUACAACGGCUACAAGAAAACGGUCGAGUGUUUGGUUCGUUCCGGGGCGGAGAUUAACCGCGCCGAUUGUGGGCGGUCGCCGCUUUACGCGGCGUGUGAGAAGGGGCACGGAAAAACGGUCGAGUAUUUGGUGAGAUCGGGUGCCGAGUUCGAUCGGGCGUCUACUUAUGGAUGUACGCCCCUUUUUGGGGCUGCGGCUAAUGGGCAUGCAGGAAUCGUUAGGUUCUUGGUGGAGCUUGGGGCGGGGAUUAACUGCGCCGAUGAUGGGGGGCGGACGCCGCUUUACGCGGCUGCGGAAAACGGACGCAGGAAUGUCGUGGAGUACUUGGUGGAGUGCGGGGCGGAAGUCAAUAGGGCUGAUAAUUAUGGGUGGACGCCGCGGCGUGCGGCGUCUUUUAGGAAACAUACGGAAAUAGAGGUGUUUUUGGAGUCGAGGGGAGCGAGGGUGUCGUUACAGUUGAACCAUAAGUUAAGUGAUGAGUCAUUGAAUAUUUCCAUUGGUUAAAGUAUUUUCUGGAAUGAUCUCAAAGGGUGUGAUAGGUUGGGUUUGCUUGUUGACACUAGACUGACGAAACGCUUCUGCUUCGACUUAAUUAUAGCUAAGAAGUUUAGUUUUCUUCAAACAAAUUCAAUUUCGUGUUUUGUGUUUCGGCUUUAAGUCAUAGUUUGUAAUUUGAUUGUAACAUAAAUAAAAUCACUGUGAUAAUUUCCGUCGGUUAUCCUAAACCGGAUCUAGAACUCUUUGUGAGCUUUACAGGGUGUUCAAGAAACGAGGAACUGAAAAGGGAAAUCAAGAAUUAUUGUGAAAGUUCAUCGCUCUAUAAAACCAUGUUUGUAUUAUUUUUAUGUUGAAAUGAAGUUGUUUGAAGUUUGUUUCACUACUAUGAAUGAAAGUAUAUUUUUACUUCCUGAGAGUAAGCUAAUUUCACAAUAAUAUACGUAUAUUUUUUAAUUUUAUAAAAUAAGAUACUCCUGUACUUUUGGUGUAUGAAUCCGUCUUGAAUUUUCACCCUAGACGUCUAGAUUUUUUGAAAAGAAAAAUCAAAAUUGCUUUGAAACUGAAAAACCGGAUGCUCUAAAAUCUUGGAUACGUUUGAAAGUUAUCGUAACCGUGGUAAAUCGUUAAUCAAAAUUUAUUCGUUUAUCCCCUCCCAGGAAAUUGAUGACGUCAUCUUAAAACUUUGUCUAAUAAAUGCUUCCUGAAAUAUGCAGAAUAUUAUGACUCUAAACUUGUGGUUUACCACUGAUCUCGUAGUUUCUAGAAUCACAUCUUAUUCAGUUCAGGUGGUUCAAAAUUAAUGAAUAAUGGAAUUUAUUUUAGUGAACUACUCACUC